AAUUCGGCCCGUCGACAGCAAGCAAGCAGAGAAAGAUGUGUGGUAUCAUCGCGGUCCUCCUCGCCAACAAGCACGAGCACUGCAACCAGAGCUUGUACGACGGCCUCACGGUGCUCCAGCACCGCGGCCAAGACGCCGCCGGCAUCAUGACGUCGCACAACGGCAAGCUCCACCUGCGCAAGGACAAUGGCCUCGUUCGCGACGUCUUCAAGCAGAACCACAUGGUCUCGCUCAUGGGCUGCAUGGGCAUCGGCCACUGCCGGUACCCGACCGCAGGCUCGUCCAGCAGCUCGGAGGCGCAGCCCUUCUACACCAACUCGCCGUACGGUAUCGCGCUCGCACACAACGGCAACCUCACCAACUCGCACGAGCUCGUGGACCAGCUCGCCAACACCAACUUUCGCCACGUCAAUACCGACUCGGACUCGGAGAUGCUCCUCAACAUCCUCGCCGACGAGCUCCUCAAGUCGACGCACCCGCUUUCCAGCGGUCAGAUCUUUGACGCGGUCUCGCGCCUCUACACGCGCUGCCGCGGCGGCUACGCGGUCGUCGCGCUCAUCAACGGCUACGGCAUCCUCGCCUUCCGCGACCCCAACGGCAUCCGCCCGCUCGUGUACGGCUCGCGCAAGAGCCACCACGGGACCGACUAUGCGGUCGCGUCCGAGUCGGUCGCGAUCGACACGCUCGACUACACGCUGCAGCGCGACGUCGCGCCCGGCGAGGCCAUCUUCAUCGGGAAUGGCGGCCAGUUUGAGAGCCGUGUGUGCUGCCCGAACGCCAAGCUCUCGCCGUGCAUCUUCGAGCACGUGUACUUUGCGCGCCCGGACUCGGUCAUUGACGGCAUCUCCGUGUACCAAGCCCGGCGCAACAUGGGCUCCAAGCUCGCCGAGAAGGUGCUGCGUGAGUACCCGGACCACGGCAUCGACGUGGUCAUUCCGAUUCCCGACACGUCGCGCACGUCGGCGCUCGAGAUGUCGCACCGGCUCAACAUCCCGUACCGCGAGGGCUUUGUGAAGAACCGGUACAUUGCCCGCACGUUCAUCAUGCCCGGCCAAGUCGCGCGCAAGAAGACGGUGCGCAUGAAGCUCAACGCGAUCAAGAGCGAGUUUGAAGGCAAGGUCGUGCUGCUGGUCGACGACUCGAUCGUGCGCGGUACCACGGGGCGUCAGAUCGUGCAGAUCGCGCGCGAGUCGGGCGCGAAGAAAGUCUACUUUGCGUCGGCCGCGCCGUGCAUUCGCCACCCGAACGUCUACGGCAUCGACAUGCCGACGCGCGACGAGCUCAUUGCGCACAACCGCACUGAAGUCGAGAUUGCGCGCGAGCUCACGGCCGACCACGUCAUCUUCCAAGACAUCGCCGACCUCAAGGCGAGCUGCGAGCUCGAGAACCCCAAGAUCAAGCUCUGGGACGCAUCGUGCUUUGACGGCCUGUAUGUCAGCGGCGACAUUAACGAAGCGUACUUCAAGCGCCUCCACGACGAACGCUGCGACGCGCGCAUGCAGAUGAAGAACCUCACGAUGGGCACGGCGCCGAUCUACCGGACCGUCUCGGACCCCAUGUGCGACGAGGUCAUUGACAUGUACAACAACACGCAAUAAGAACUAUAUGACGUGGCGCGAUAAGAAUACGUACCGUGUGC